GCGUUCUUGCGUCGCUCAUUGAACUUGAUCCCCGCUGCCGGUCGUGCGUGCGUUUCUAGUCGCGAUUUGUAAGUGGGCACCCGCGGACUCGUUUCCGCUAGCCGCUGGUCGCAUUGAGGAGAAAAGAAGAGCCCCGGGUGAUCGUGUGGGCCGCUCUUCCGAGCGAUCCGUUUCCUCCGGCUCGCGUACCACUGGACGGAAGGCGUCGGAUAGGCGAGACGCCGGCGAGCCUCCCGCAGCGAAGCGACGACCGCCGGCGACGGUGGGUGUAGUCCUCACACAGCGGCGGGGCAUUGGUUCCUCUCUCGCCACAUGAGGAGUCGACUAGCCGCCGCCAAGAUGGCCGCUCACCGGCGACAGGCACCGCGUCGCUCCGUACCGUAGUGUGUUGCAGCCGCCUGUGCGCGCGUGUGUUUCCGUGCUGAUCGGCACCCGAGAGGGAGAUAAGAGCCAUGGGUAUCCAAGCCCUUCAGAAGUUCAUCGAGGCCAACUGUCCGGGCGCCUGCGUUCCCGUGGAUCUGCUAAAAAUCGCGCGCAACGCCGCUGUCCGCCGCCCCGGGGGUCGCGGAAACCCGCGGUUGCCCGCCGCCGCCGGCAACCGCCUGUGCCUAGUCGUCGACGGGGAGUGCUGCCUAGACCGGCUCUACGGAGGCUACUUCUCGGACUGGGUAUGCGGCGGCCAGUGGAACCGCAUGGUCCAGUUCCUGUCCGUGCUCAUUCAGACUAUCCAGAACAACAACAUCGAGCUCGCCGUGUUCUUCAACGGCAGCCUCGAGCCGCAGCGGCUCGAAGAAUGGCACCGGCAGCAGCAGGCCGAGCGACGCAAGGUGGGCCAGGUGCUCAAGCAUGUGGCGACCAAGGCCACGCCGCCGCCCAAGGUGUGGUGGAUAGCUCCCGUCUGCCUGAGGACCUGCCUGCGAAUGGCGCUGCGGCACCUGAACGUCACCGUGCUCUGCAGCAUGGACGACCACCGGCAGGAGGUGAUCGCCUUCUGCCGCGAGAACGGCUUCCACGGACUCAUGGCCGAGGAUGCCGAGUACGCCAUCUUCGACCCGCCGCGAUACUUCUCGUCGGCGCAGCUCAAGCUCACGUACAAGGGCUCCUUGGAAACACGGGAGUUCAUCCUGGAUGAAGUGGCUCGCAGCCUGAACCUGCACCCGAACCGUUUCUGCGUGCUUGCGGCACUGCUCGGAAACUACCUGCUCUCGGAGGAGGACCUUACACCCUUCCAUCGUUCCCUCUGUCCCGAUGCCAAGGGCAAGAAAGGUGAGCCCCAACCCUCGUCUCGGUGCAGGCGAUUCCCCCCCGAGACCCUGAUCCCCGCAGUGGUGGAGUUUGUGCGAGGGCUGCCUUCGACAGAAGACCUGGACGCCCUGGGCGCUCGUGUGUUCCCCGGCGCGCCCCGUGACAAGGUGCAGCGGCUCAAGAACUGCGUGCACUACUACCUGAACGGCACUCGGGAUGGGUUCCUGCGCUACCGACCCUCGAGCCAGGGGCGCCGGCACGAGUCUGGCUGCUACCCAUCCACAUCUGGCUCCUCGUCGGGGCUGCCGCCGAUCUCCGAGCAGCCUGCGGUCAAUGGCAAAGCUGAUGUUUCCUCACCAAGCCUCGAUUUGUCAUCACCCGGAGAAGAUGGCCUGCAGCGUUCAGAUCCUGCGAAAUUUGCAUCCGAGACUGCCGAAAGAGAGUUGUCAAGUCUGACGGCAUACCGCCAGGCAACAGGCGGGGGCUACCCGACAGCUGGUGUCAAUGGAAGUAUCAUGAAUGGUGCCUACAAGCCAGGUGAACCGCUGGACUUAAGUCGGAAGAGCACCGAGGAUGACAGCGCCGCAGCAGAUGCCAACGGUGUUGCACAGCAAAAUGGCCCUGCACACGUGAAUGGUGGCGCCCCGGGCCCAAGCUCAUCGAGCAGCAACAGUUCCAGCCCCGGCCGCCAGAGCCCUAAAUCUUGGCAAGGACGUAAGGGCCAGAAGGGCAGUGCCGGGGCAGGCAGCACCGGCGGCGAACAGGCAAGUGCCGGUGGCAGCAGCGGUGCUGAGGGCCGUGUUGGCGGUACAUUCAUUAUGCCCGAGACACCCAAGCUGCCCAAGGUGCCUCCGGAGGUGAUGCGGACAGCAAGCGAGCGUCACCAAAAGGGCCUCAUGUCCCCCUGGAUCUACCAGCUGCUGUCCCAGGGCGCCAUCAAGAUUCCCGUGGCCAUUGAAGACGAGGCUCCACGUGACAUCCCUUGGGGAGUGACUCUGUUCCGGCCCAUCCGGCAGAUGGUUUACGCGGUGCUGUUCAACAUGCACCACCAUGCGUUUGUCGCCAGGCAAAAGAGGGAGGCGGCUGCUGCAGCUGCAGGCACUGAGGCCUCCAAGACGAGCAAGGAGAGCCCCAUCUCUGAAGACUCCAAAGGCCCGGCCCCCGUGGUGGUCGUGGAGUGGCUGGGUCGCUCAGGCGGUGGCAAGGGUGCCAGCCGGCGCCCUUACGAGCUAGUGGAAGGGGUGCAGCUGGGCUGGCCCGUGCCCACCGUGCAGCGCCUGUGGCUGGGCCCAUCGCUGGACGACAAGAAGUGCCGGCUACGCGCGUUCCUCAGCUGCCUGCGCAGCGACGUGCCCCUCAUGCUCAACACGGCCUAUGUGCCCCAGCAUCUGCUCAUCCCCUGCGCCGUGCUCCGAUUCCUCAUGUCCCAGCUUUGGGCAUGCAACGUGUCUGCAGCUCCCAUUCCCCUCUUGUUUCCCACCCUGGCUACUCUGACAGACUCCAAAGGCCCGGCCCCCGUGGUGGUCGUGGAGUGGCUGGGUCGCUCAGGCGGUGGCAAGGGUGCCAGCCGGCGCCCUUACGAGCUAGUGGAAGGGGUGCAGCUGGGCUGGCCCGUGCCCACCGUGCAGCGCCUGUGGCUGGGCCCAUCGCUGGACGACAAGAAGUGCCGGCUACGCGCGUUCCUCAGCUGCCUGCGCAGCGACGUGCCCCUCAUGCUCAACACGGCCUACGUGCCCCAGCACCUGCUCAUCCCCUGCGCUGUGCUCCGAUUCCUCAUGUCCCAGGGUGGACCUGGUGGUGCACCCGUGCUGCGGCGCCAGGAGCUGGAUGCGUUCCUGGCACAGGCAGUAUCCCCGCAGCUGAUGGAUGCCCAGAGCACCCAGGGCAUGCAGCUACCCCUGGUGGCCGUGCGGGGCACACAGCUUGCCUCUCUCUUCCUGCAGGGAGUGGAGCACGCACUGUUUGCCAAUGAUGCGUGCGGUGCCCCGGUGCCCUGGCUGAUGUGCUGCCCGUGGCUGUACUUUGAUGGCAAGCUGUUCCACCAGAAGCUGCUCAGGGCCGCCCAGGCCAAGAGUCUCGUCGAGGUUUGCGGUGGACAGAUCGACCAGGUAGCCAAGGUGGAACGCAUGCGUGCCGCCAUCCUCGAGGGACUCCAGGUGGAGUUUGCGCGUGCACCCCUGCCCGCAAUGGGCGGCAUGCCGCGCUUCAUGCCGGGCUACCCGCCGCACGGGGGCCCGCGGGUGGGCGGACCCAUGGGCAUGGGCCCACCCCCUAGGGGGCCUGCAGCUGGCCGAGGAAUGCCUCCUCCGGGCCCACCUCGCCGUGGGGCCCUUCUCGCCCGUGGGGGCCAGCUGGAGAUAGCUGGCGUCGUGGUCGGCUCGUGGGGGGCCAACUACGGACAGGGGCCAAGGGGCGCCUCCGCGGGACCACACCGGGGUGGGGCCCGGGGCCCACCCCUGCCACCACAGGUCACAUCAGUUGGAGGACGGUACGGAAUGGGCCGUGGCAUGAUGCCUCGCCGCCCCAUGGCGUUCAACCGACGGCCAGGAGCACCUUUCAACCAGCUAAACAGACGUGCAAACAAAAAGAAGGCAUCCAAAACGGUGACCAAGGAGGAACCCACGCCGAAACUGGUUGGCAAGGGCCGUGGAUGCACCAUCGAGACUGGGGAGAAUUGCACCAUUGAGGUGAGCGAGCUGGCGGCCAAGGACCUGGAAACCAGCGUUUCUGGCUCGGAUGAAAACAACUGCCCUGCGGCCACCGCCAUCGCACCCACCCUACUCAUUGCGGGCGCCACCGUCACCGAGAGUGACACCGACGGCCCGCUUAGCACCAACGGAGCUGCCGCGGCCUCGGAACAGUUUGCCUCCGUCUAGCCCGCCAGCAAGAGUCUAGCAGCUGCCGCAUGCGCUCUGGGGGUCACUAGUGCGCUGACCGACCUGCCUUGAUCAAGCCCACUGUUGACAGUUUCCUGUUGCUUUUUUAAACCUCCGCUGUUCUCGUCCCGAAAUUUCUCUAGUGCUAAGUUUUUUUGUGACAACAUUCUACCCCACUUGGUGGAUUCGUUUUUAUUUUGUUAGUAGGUCUAGAUAUGGAGUGAGGCCUAUAGGUACAGGUGAGUAUGUAAUCAAUGCUGCUUGCAGUACCAUCUUGUGAUAACCGCCUGUGAUAUCAGCGAUACUGAUAGUGGGAUCCUUUGUGCCGUUUGAUGCAAGCUGUGUGACCAGCAUUCAUUAGUUUUGUUGCGUUGACCGCUGACACCAUGGUGGAGAUGAAAGAAGAAGAAAUGCUGCCUCCUGCAAGUUCUUGUCUGGAUAAGCGUGUUAACACGUGGCUGUGCAUAUUGCCAGCGUGCAGCCUCACUGAUGUUGCAGGUGGUUUCCACAAGGUGAUAGUGCAGAUAUCGGUACUGGCUACAUUUUCAUCUGUUCCUCUCAACAUCAAUCUGGCGCCUGUGGAAUGAAUCUUCAAACUUCAUUGUCAGAUUCUCUUGCUACUUCACUGAAUAUUUGUUGUUACAAGGUAAUUACCAAAUUGCACUCUGUGGCUUAUGGUUAGGCUUCGUUUAAUAAUGUGAAGAAACUUCUGUUCUCCCUGCCUUGUGCCGUCUUAGCGCCACCUACAAUCUGUGCUUUAGCAAGUCUUUUGCUUAGUCAACUGUCGGCGUGGGAGGUCGGUCAGCCAUAGAGACCCACGGAGCGAUAUGGUGUCAACUUCCUUUCCACUUUGUCAUCCUCAUCCCUGUUUACUUGCGGAACAGUCUCCCCAACGUUGUUAUUGCACGUGUGAACUGGACACGACUCGGCUGUGCCGACCAGUGGUGUGGGCCACAUCGUACCUGAACACACGGCAUCACCGAGGACUUGUUGGGGAUGAACUUGUGUGCGUGUGUGUGUGUCUGUGAACAAGUGAGACGAUUUUUAUCUACGACUACUCGACCAUUAUUAUUUUUUUUAUGAACUCAUCGUGGACUUGGAAGAUCAAGUGAUGACUCAUUAGUAUCAAAGGACUUCUUGUGAAAACGAGGACUCGCAUUGGCGCUGCGCCAUAUUGCAUAAGCCGCGUCGUCUGCUCUGGUUGCUGUGUACCAACUGCAUCGAGCCUAUGCUGCGUGGGGCUGUGCCCCGAUUAGAAUUUAGCGGCGGUCGGGCCACGUUUUGUACUCGUUGCCCUCAUGAGCUGCGGCUUCCCAACAAGCUAAUAAUGUCGGUCGUGUUGAUUGAAUAGUGGGUCUUACAACGAAGCCUGUGUUUUGAAGAACCCGCGCUUAGUACUGCUCAUCUCUCGAUUGUUAACGUUGGCACCAGACCUUUAAUAAUGUUGCCUCUUUGUUUGUUUUUUUUUUGUUGCAUGUAGAUGCAGGAAGAAUCGUGUAAACUGAAAAUGUUUCGGUAUGUAGAGGCUGGUAAUGAUCGGAGAAAAAUCUUUUCUUCUGAAAAAGAAAACAUUAAACGCUGAAGUGGUUGGGCGUAGUGAACACUGCGUAAAUGAAACUGCAGCUUCAAUGGUGAUUGCAGCAUAGGAGACACAGUUCCAGACACCAGAGGCGGGCUGGCGUCGGCGUACGGCGUGCUGUGUACAGUGUUUAGACUAUUUUUUUUUUCUUUGUUAGGUUUUGCGAGGUGUAUAUUUAUCGGAGCAAUGUUGGUGAGAACUGGGAACAAGAUUGCCGCCGACUGGCUGCGGAUUGUGCAUCGUUAGACGAGGAGGAAGGAGGGAUUGCAAUGGUUAUGCGCAGGCUGGUAUUAAUGGCCACCAGAGUUUUGCAAUGAGCGUGUCUUGUAUUUAUUCUUUUUUUUUUUCCUUUGAACAGUAGGUAAUUGUUUGUCUUGCGCCACCUUAGUUUUAAAGUGGCCUUGGGGCAGUGGUUACCGCUGCUGCUGUUCUCUGCCGUUUGGUUUCACAGAAAACCAGCGAAACCGUAGGAACAGAAGGGAUAAAGGGAAAUGCUUUUUUUUUAAAAAAAGCUACAGCGUAAAAAAAAAACACUGUGGAGGCAUGAUCGCGCAAUCAAUGCCCUGCUACCGUCCCCACAACACCCACCCGUUUUGGGGGGUUGUGGGGUACGUGCAACUACCAUAGCAAAAUGAGAAACGUAAGAAAAACUUCCUCCGGAACCCUUUCGGGAGGUUUUGGUUGCAGCAGCUUUGCGAGGCGCUCUCGCAAAGGCGACGACUCUAGAUUACUUUCCUUUGGGCUGCGAUGACAUAAAGAAACUGGUGGGGCCUCUUUCUCGGUUGGAAGAAACGGGCAGCCCCAGUGUUCGUUCAACGUCACUCCUCUUGACUCUCUGUUAAACGCUAGCCUCCCACCCACAAAAGGCAGCUGAAGCACCGCCAAUUGUUUCAAAGUUGACAGGGAGUUAGGUAACGAGCCAUCAGCUAUGGCCUUUUUCCAACAAUAACUGCAUUGGCUUUCUGUUGCAUGCGGCAGAGCCAUUGCACAAUGAUGAUCAAAGACACGAAUGCUUACUCAGUUUAUAGAAAGAGAGAAAUAAAAAAAAAACUGAAGCAAAGAAAUGAAGUUGCGCCGUAAAAGCGCCAACAUGGCACUAAACUUGCUGCUUGAGACACCAUGCUUGCAGAACUUUGACGGGAACAGUCUUUUUUUUUUUUUUUUUUCUUCCCUAAACCUGUUGAGAGGCAAAGGGCUGUUCGUCCGCAACCCCUCCCCCCACACCCAAUUUUUUUAUUCAACGUUUUUAAGGCAAGACAAAAGUGUCACCACCUUUCAAACUAAGGAUCCUGCUUCUACUACUAAAUGUCGUAGACAAGGUACUCCGCGCAUAACUCAUUUCAAGAACAAGGGAGCUCAUCCCAGAGUUCCGUGUCGCGAAAUAAACGGAGGCGAAAAUGUCUUGCAAUCUUCAAGACUUUACAGUCGCGCACGCGUGCAACUUUUAAGAGACUGCCCAUAGCCCGGCGCUUUUAAGAGACCUUGGGCACCUGAAAGCCGACGGUAGAUGACGUAACGUAACAUGACAAAACAUGGCGUCCUGAGCAGGCCCGUUUUUCCUGCGCACAGCGAUGACCAGACUUCAUGCUUAAUGCGGAUGGGUAUUGGGGUCUCCGGGUGCUUGCCUCUUCAAAAUGCUCGACGAGUGCCCUUUCUUGGCACCAAGCAGCGAAGCGAAGACCGAGCCGGCGCGACUGCAAGCCGCAGCAGUGGUGCUCUCUCCCGACUGCACGCACCGCCCCCUUUCACCGUGCCCCGCAGCAGAAAUUGCAUGAGCGAUUUAAAAUAUCGUUUUCUUUUUUUUUUUUUUUCUCUCUUUUGUAAGCCCGUCUGGUUGCACUGGACAGGGGCAAUGUGCUUGUUGCAUCCUGCAUUUUUUGUUUUCCUUAAACUCCCACUUCCUGCAAUAAGUGCAGCUUUUCACUUCUUGAAAAGUUUGGUGCAGACGACACCUAGCGGCGUCUGCCAGUGGCACCAAGCUAGCUUUACUUUAACGCUAGAUCGAGUGUAGGUGGGGAGCCAGGUAGCCUCAGUGCUUUUGUGUAAAUGUGUCAGGCAGUUGCUCACUGCUUUGCUAUAGGACCAGCUCCUAUUUUUUGAUUCCUUUAGUUUCUGCUUUUGGCGCUCUUGUGCUUUAACGGGUAGCGGCUGCCCCUUCCCAUAUUGCGCCAGUCGAGUUUUUUUUUUUUUUUUCUGAAGCCGUGUUCAUUUUGUAGUGGCGACUGUUUCUUGGUCCUCGUAGUGAAGGCUUCAGUGACUUGUCGAGCAGCAUUCGCAUCUGAUUGCUUUCAUUUGCUGAAACUGCUUCGAUGCCCAUAAAUGUACCACUAUAUUGAGAUGAGUUUUUGGUGUUUGUCUGCGUAACGCCGGGCCUAGCGCCUUUGAUAUGCAUGCCAGGACAUGGCACCAUUAGGCGGUCGCAUGUUUGAGAUGUGUAUUAUUACCAUGAUUAUCAUUAUUAUUAUCUGUGCUAGGAAACUGCUGCAGUGAACAAACACGGGAGAGAGUGAGUAAAAAAAAUUCGUGUCGUAGCAGUUAACACCGAGCACCAACAUUUGCCACUAUGUGCUGUGGGAAAAAAAAAAAAGUUAUUACAAGUGGGUGCACUAUAUCGGUUUGUUAGACAAAUGUACUUCUGCAGUAUUGCAUUCUUGAUUGUUUAAUCUGCUUGCUGACUUUUUGCCUUUCGUAGGCUAUCGUGACCCUAGCACUGAGUGAGUGCUGUACCCUUUAGCAAACAGUGUAAAUCUUUGUGCUUUGUGAAGCUUGUCAGUGUGGAAAGAAAAAGCUUGCUUUCUGGCCAAAACACAGCGCAGUGGGUUGGUCAGGAUGUGGCUGCACACAAAAUGGAGGAAACUGUUCUUAAAAAUAUUUGCUGCUGUUUGUGAGCCCAGAAUAGAAAGCAGCUUGUGAAGGAAGCAGAACAGGAAGCAGCUUGUGAAGCAUGUUCUCGGAACUCGUAAUGAGUUUGCAUUUGGGCGUGUGCGUAUAUCGCAUGUUUCAGCAGGCCAUUGUGGAAUUUUUUCGUUAUUUCCUGUCCAGUUGAAACGGGCUGUAGUUGUGCUCUGCAGCAGCUGUCUUAGCUCUCUUGGCUUGGAAACCCAUUGUGGGGCAAUUGCCUAGUGGUUAUCGUUUAGGCACAUUGUCAAAUUGAACCAAACUUCUGAUUUUAAAUAUGGAGAGAAGCCAUCGACCGUCAACCAACACAAAAACAGGUUCAACCCACUCUGUUGCACGUGUGUUGCGCUCGUGAUUCACAAUGUUUCCCCCAUCUUGUGUGCUUGCCUCGUCGUGAUAACACUGGCAGCAAGCCUCUUAAUUGACAUGACAGGCACCGGGCAUGCAGGCUGUUGCGUCUAACGAGGGCAGGAUACAGGCUUAUUGCGUGCAGUACGACUGUUAGUCCGAAUUCUGUUUUACGGCAUUGGCCUAUAAUGCGUUUUUUUAAUUUUUUUUCUCGCCUGCCAGCAGGCUGCAGUUGCUCGUCGACAGCUCCUACUUGCUUUUGGGUUCUUAACCUUACGUGGCUUGUCUGUUAUUGGAACAGGUGCCAUUAAGCUGUCGGCAACAAGGCCAGCCGGGUGUGCCUAUGUGGCCCCACAGACUCGCAGUCUGGUUUUUGUCAGGUUCCAAGUACAAUCGGAGAACAAGUAGCCUGCAAUUUUUUUGGUCUGUAGUUUUCUUUUCAUGUGGAAGCAUUGGCAGGGAGGAGAGCUUGGGUCCCUGGCAAUGCUUGGCUCAUGGGUUGAGUGUUGCUUUUUUAGGCCUUAUACCCCAAUCACACGGGGCACUUUCAUUUGCAGUUGAGUCCUAUCGGGAUCAAAUUUCUCUAUGGCAAUUGGCUCCCUUCCGCAGUUUGUAUAAAGGAGCCAAUCGAGAUUGAGAAGAUGGAUCCCUAUUGGGCUCAAUUGCUAUUGAACGUGCCUCGUGUGACUGGGGUAUUACUCGUCUCGCUUUUUCCACUUGAACUGAGGCUGUGGCCAAGUUCUAGGCACUGCGCAUGCUUCUAGCAACAUGCCUCAUCAAAAUUUUCAGGCUAAUGUGGGAACCCUGUAAUUCAGUCAGGCCUGUACGCUAGCUCUCGGCAGUGCACCAGCCAAUGUGCCAUAGAGUGCCAGGUUGGAGCAAGGCGUCGUUGAAUUUUCUGCAUAUAUAGCAUGUUUCCUUGGUUAUUGUUCUCUCGGAGUGCACCUUACUAACCUGUCUGCCCCUUUCAUUUUUUUCUUUAGGCCAACGUGUUGUAGUAAGUGGGUUGUCUGUAUAAUUGUCAGUUUUUUGGCACGAGCAUUUAUUACGCCAUGAUAACCAGUUAUCUUGAUAAGCAGUGUAUCUUCUUAACAUUAAUCAGUGUCGCGGGGAAGGCCGCAUUACAGCUGCGAAAAAAGAAAGAACUGGGAGGAGAAAAAAAAAUGUGGAUUUAAUAAGCGUCACCGCGUACCAUAACUGCAGUUACUGUAUGCGAUUGCAUGUCUUGCGUGGGUUUCCCCGAAGCCCGCAUUACUGUCAAUUUGUAACUUCUUUUUCUUGCAGCGCAUGGUCCUUAUAAAUUUUUUUUUUUUUUUUACACUUUCUCCAUUGUAAGGAAGAGCAGGAUGAUUCAGAGAACAGGCAACAGAAGAAGCCUUUUCAGUAAGAGGGCUGGCUUAGUAGGUUCACAGAAGGCACUGACAAAUUUGUGUCGAGGAGGGGACAAUUUGUAAUUGGGGCAGGGAUAAAGUUGGAAUCAAAGUGAACUGGGGAUGAAACGGCCUAGGUACGGGAGGGGAAAUGCGUGCGACAAAGAACAGGGCUGAAAUUGGAGUGUGUACCGGGUUGAAAGUUGGUUAACGGCAAGCAGUCUGUGUUGGCGAGCAUGGCGCGUGUUGGAGUCAACUUCGCCGAGAAUGGCAAAAAAAAAAAGCAUCUUGUGUGAGCAGGCGUCGCUGCGAUGCCCGGCGCGUCGGCAGUUGUGCGUCGUCAUGCUGGUCUCUGGAGAGGGAUGUAAUUCAUGUGUUGCCAGUUUUGUGAAUAAAACUGAUUUGUUUUCCUCAA